AGUUAUUGGCGCGUUUCAGACACAACAAGACAAGCAGGGAUUAUUGGAGGCCGCCGACAUUUUCGUGCUAUUGUAUUGCAGACAACAAAGAUGAAGUAUUUUGCAUUUUUUCCAAGUGUAUAUCUUGCUGUUAGGCAGAAGGGCUUUUUAGGGUUCGUCUGUUCUCGGUUUGUUUGAGUGUAAAGGUUGCCUGCCAAGCGAAAAGAAUUAAGGGUCGAUUUGUUGGGUCAAAUUGGCCCGUUUACCUGCACUGCAGUGCCGUACGUGAGGCAACUGUGCCGUUAAGACUAGUAUACGUGUACGCCAAACACGCAUCCGAUCUGCUGACUUGGCAUCGAUAGGAACAACGUCAACCUAGCCCUGAAGGAUUAAGGAAGUUCGAAGCUCUCAUUCUACUGCAGCAACCAUGGAGGGUUACACCACUCUUAUUUUGCUGAUAUGCCUUGGUUGUGUCUGCGCGUAUGACUUUAACAAGCUAUCAGGUGAGGAGAGAAGGCUGGCUCUUCGCAAUGAGAUAUACAAGUUGGUGGACGACCACGAGAAUCGAAGAGGCAAGGCGCCCGCACCGCAGGAGCUAGAGAGAGGGACCGACCAACAUGGAGAGGACAAGGAACUGGCUCUCCGUGAACUACUUUACAGGUUGCUGAGUGACCCUGAGACUCGCAGAGGCGAAGAGUACAAUCCAAUGGAACUCAACCGGGACGUUAAUGGAUGGGGAUGCAAGAAGCCAUGUCCGCCUGAAAAACCACACUGCGCUCACUACCUCGGUGUCUGCACAACCUACAAGUAGCAGCGGUGCGUGUCUCUAACCUGGAUUUCGUGAUUCUGAUGUGACAGAAUAUGAUAAAUGGAAAUCUAAGAAGUUUAUGGUUUGAGUUAUUCAGUAAAGCCUGAUACUCGGUUAGGUUGUAUAUUUUCAUUUUUUUCUUUAUUGUCCUAUUUUCAUUCUUCUCAAGGAAAAUUGUCGGUAAACUUAGCCUUUAUGCCAAUUUUAAUUCUUUUAUAGUGAGAGAAAUUGUCUGAACCCUUAGCCUUGCCUGAAAGCAAAAACGAAGCUAAUAAUUACGAGGUAAAAAUAUAAAGGUUGCAGAUGCUGUUGGCCACAAUAUGUUUAAUAUCUUACGUAAGUUAGCCGGGCUGGUUAUUUCGUUGCCAAAAAAGAGAUAGAUGAAAACCUAGGGAGAACCUUUUGUCAAGCACCAUGUUUAAUCCAUCCAGUCAGUGACGUAUCCAAGUCUUGCGGGUAUUGAACAUAAAUGUUUAUUUUUAUCCAUCACGAAAUCAUCACCUCACCCAAAGAAAGUUUGCAGAAGCGUUUCUAAACCACUUGCACUUUCACCCCUCCCCCGAAAAAGGCGACGUGUUUCAUGGGGGAGGGUAACCACUCCUCCCCCCCCCCGCCCCCUGGAUACCCACUGCAUCAAGUGCUUGCUUUGAACGGGAGUCACAGUGAGUGAAAAAAAAAAUCAAAUAACAUAAUAACACAGUCAGGUUUCAAGCGUAAAGUCCUCGUUCUUUCUCUUGUCCAUCGUUUUGAUUUUAACUUCAUUAGUCUUUAUUGGUGAUUUGUUUAGAAUUAAAGUAAUAAUUACAAAAACAUGCAGCAAAA